AACCUUAACAUGAACUAGCGACAUCUACAGGAAAUCAAAAGAACCGCCCCGAAAAAGAGAUUCUGCAAAAAAAUUGUAAUUGAUCAAUAAGAAAAUUUCAAUUCAAUUUUUCUUCCAAUUAUCCAAGAUGAUACCAAAAGUUGCUAGAUUAUUUCGUUACCAACGAUUGCUAUCGCAGCAAAAUAGAAACAUGGGAGUUUAUUACAAGUCCGGAGCAUUGAAGGCAAUGCCACCAGUUAAUGCUUUCGGAAUAUUAGGAGUAUUUUGCACAAUGAUUCCUGGAAUAUUAUUAGGUGCAAUUAUUUCUAAGAACAUAGCCAGUUUUCUUGAGGAGAAUGACUUAUUUGUGCCAGAGGAUGAAGACGACGACUAAAACUCUUCAAAAUUACUAGAAAUUCUUUCUGCCAUUAAUCAAAUUUAUGUUUUUAAAAAACUAUUCUCUGCAUUUUUAAACUAUCAAUGACUUAAUCUUAUAAACGAAGGAAUCGUGAUGAAUCUUGGCUUAGUGCUUAGUCAUAGCUAAGCUGAAAAAAAUACUUAACAUUUUAGAAUGUUCGAAACUUUUAUCCUUACGAUUUAAAUAUGUUAAUGUUUUGAUUAUUUUUAUUGUUAUCGCAAUUGAAUACAAAAAAAUUGAAAAAAGAAGAAGUGACAAGCUAAUAGUGUG